GGCCAGAAGAGACGGAGACAGAGAGAGUUGCCGCUGUUGCUGCCGGCUGCAGGGAUGGCGGUCUCCUCCGGCGGGCCGGGCCCCUCCGCCAGCCCCGUGCCCAUGAACCUCUUCGCAGCCUGGGAGAUGGACGGCUCCAACCCCAGCUGCGUCCCGCGGUUGUGCAGCUUGACUUUGAAGAAACUGGUAGUGUUGAGAGAAUUGGAUAAGGAUCUGAUUUCUGUCGUGAUUGCUGUCAAAAUGCAGGGUUCAAAGAGAAUAUUGCGCUCUCAUGAAAUUAUGCUGCACCCUGGUGGUCGCAUAGAAACAGAACUUGCACUCACGUUUUCUCUACAGUAUCCCCAUUUCUUGAAAAGAGAAGGCAAUAAACUUCAGAUAAUGCUGCAGAGGAGGAAACGGUACAAAAACAGAACAAUUCUUGGCUACAAAACUUUGGCCGUGGGAUCUGUCAAUAUGGUGGAGGUAUUGCAACAUCCAACAGAAGGAGGCCAGGUUUUGAGCCUUUUCAGCAGCAUCAAGGAAAUGACAGUCAAAAUAGCAGAACUAUGGAUUUUCUCAUUGUCCAGUCAGCCAAUAGACCAAGAGGAUAGUGCAGUACAUCUGAGCCAGAAAACUAAGACUACAGAUAACUAUUCCGAAGAGGAAUAUGAAAGCUUCUCUUCAGAACAAGAAGCUAGUGAUGAUGCUGUUCAGGGACAGGAUCUGGAUGAUGAUGAAUAUGAAUUGGGGAAGCCAAAGAAGCAAUGGAGAUCGAUAGUAAGAACAACAUCCAUAACCAGGCAACAAAACUUCAAGCAAAAAGUGGUGGCGCUACUGAGAAGGUUUAAAGUAACUGAUGAGGUUUUGGAUUCUGAGCAAGAUCCAGCUGAUCAUGUCCAAGAAGUCGAAGAAGAUCUAGACCUUCUCUAUGACACUCUUGAUAUAGAAAAUCCCAGCGACAGUGGUCCUGACAUGGAAGAUGAUGACAGUGUCCUCAGUACUCCUAAACCAAAACUAAAACCUUACUUUGAAGGCUUGUCGCAUUCAAGCUCUCAAACUGAAGUUGGGAGCCUCCAGAGCGUCAAAAGCCAGAAAGAACCACCCAGUCCUGUAGAAGUGCCUGAAAAUAAUAAGAAUCUUGGAAGUAAACAACCAAUAGAUAGCAUUCCUGAAACUGUGUGCUGUAAGACUCAACAAGAAGAUGACAGCCCGGAAUCAGAACAAUUGGCUUCUCUGGAUCUCUUUAUUGAGAAACUUCCACCAAGUGGCAGAAUGACAAAGACAGAAUCUCUCAUAAUUUCUUCCAGCAGCAGAUUAGAGGGGAAACAGGUGGGUCGCAGAGGUAGAAGCACAUCACUGAAGGAAAGACAGCCAGCAAAGCAGCAAAAUGAAAGGGCCAAUAGUCUGGACAAUGAGCGUUCUCCAGACACAAGGCACCACUUACAGAUCCCUAGAAAAACUGUCUAUGACCAGUUGAAUCACAUAUUGAUCUCAGAUGACAAGCUACCAGAAAAUAUCAUUUUAGUCAAUACUUCUGACUGGCAAGGACAGUUCCUUUCAGAUGUCCUGCAAAAACAUUCUCUUCCAAUAGUAUGCACGUGUUCUUCUGCUGAUAUUCAGGCAGCUUUUAGCACUAUUGUCUCCAGAAUACAGAGAUACUGUAACUGCAACUCUCAACCUCCCAAUCCAAUUAAGAUUGCAGUAGCUGGAGCCCAGAAUUACCUCAGUGCCGUGUUGAGGCUUUUUGUAGAACAACUGUCUCACAGAACCCCAGAUUGGCUCAGCUACAUGAGAUUUCUUAUUAUACCACUGGGUUGUCACCCAGUUGCAAAAUAUCUGGGUUCAGUCGAUUACCGAUACAACAACUUCUUUCAGGAUUUAUCUUGGAAAGAUUUAUUUAACAAACUUGAAGCACAAAAUGCUCCCCAGGAAUUGCCUGAUAUCGUCUCCAGAAUAACCCAGUACAUAGUAGGAGCAAACUGUGCUCAUCAGUUACCUAUUGCAGAAGCAAUGUUGACAUACAAACAGAAAAGGAAAAAGACCUUUCAAUUUGAUUUUAAUAUAAGCCCAGAUGAAGAAUCAGCCCAGAAGUUCAUCCCUUUUGUUGGUGUAGUAAAGGUUGGAAUUGUUGAACAGUCCUCUGCAACAUCAGGUGACUCGGAUGAUGCCACUCCCAGUAGUUCGAGUAUCCUUUCCUCUACUCCACCUUCUGUGUCUCCUGCUAUGAAGGAAUCUUCUCCCACCCCACCCUCCUCACCAUCUGUCACAGGCAGUUUUGCUUCCUCCAGCCAUAAUCUUGGUAUGGAACUGAUGGGACUUCAGUUAGAUUACUGGAUUGCAUCUCAUCCUGUGGAGAAGAAGAGAGAUUCAGAGAAAAGGGAUCCUUCUACUGCCAAAAACACACUGAAAUGCACUUUCCGGUCUCUCCAGGUCAGCCGGCUGCCCACGAGUGGAGAAACUACGUCCACCCCUACUAUGUCUAUGACAGUUGUGACUAAAGAAAAAAACAAAAAAGUGAUGUUUCUGCCUAAGAAAGUAAAAGAUAAAGAGUUUGAUUCUAAGAGCCAGUGUAUUGAUGGUAUCAGUCGUCUGAUUUGCACAGCAAAGAAUCAGCAGAAUAUGUUGCGGGUGCUUAUUGAUGGAGUGGAGUGGAAUGAUGUGAAGUUCUUCCAGCUUGCAGCACAGUGGUCUUCCCAUGUCAAGCAUUUUCCCAUCUGCAUCUUUGGACAUUCUAAAUCCUAAUGUAGGAUAAUUCCUAUGAUGCCACAAAACAUUGAGUGCCAGCUAUUUGUUUGUUACAUGUCCUUGGAUAACUGCUUCGUUACUUUUCUGUUUGUUUGUCAUUUGACUGCGGAGGAAGAAUACUUGAAAUGGCAGCAAUUCAGUUUUAAUUCUGGACAUACACCUAUGCCAAUUGCAGGAGCCUAUGAGAACCGCAACAUAAUCUCUGCUUAUUAAUGUGGAAAUAGCUGAAUAGGGAGUGGAAUGGGAGGUUUAUUUGGCAGCAGGUUAGGAAUGUUGGUAAAGUUAUUCAAACUUGAAAGAUUUCAGCUAAAGAGGAAUCUCUGACUUUUUCUUUCAUUCUCUUCAGUCCAAGCUGUUUUUCUUAUCAUAAUUUUACCUACAUGACGAAUCUGAUUUUCAUGCUCCACCGCAUCUUCUGCUUUCUCUGUGGCAUUUGUCAUGUUUUUUCAACAUUUAAUGUCAUUCUAGAGAUUGGAAGGAGCAAACCACUAGAUUGCCUUGUUUUUACUUAAUGUCUGGAAUGCAACCCGCCUUAUGGUUCCCCACAUGGAGAGGAUGGAAUAAAAGGGGUUUUUGAGGCAUUAUGCUACUGCAUAAGUUAUUUAUUAGCGUAAUAAAUGUAUUCAGUUUGUUCCUAGUUUUGUAGGAAAUAAUAAUUCUUCCCUGAUUCCUGACAAGUGGAAGUAAGUUUAGUUAAAGGAAAAUGUUUAAAACACUUCUCUCUUUGUCUCCAAAUGCUCCACUUGCCAGAACUGAAAUUGCUGUUCAUUUUUUGCCAAAACUCAUCUGUGACUUGUGUGAUUGGCCUCCUACCUGAUAAGAUGUGGUAAAGUGAGAUAUGAAUCCUAAAUCAUGUGUGUUAUGUAUCAGUGGCUCCAGUAUAUCGCAGUGUAAUCUACCAUCAGUCCAGUUGUAAAACACCUUUUUGUGUGAAAGAUACUACUGGAAUGACCACCAGGUAGAAUGCAUGUUUGGGCUUUGUGUGUGUCUGCUGUCACUUAGCAUGUUGCACUUACUAAUAUUUCAAUACAACCUUGACCCUUAAAUGUCAGAUACUACUUGUAAUAAUUUGUAAGCAUAAUGUUGCCAAAUAGCGCCAGAGAAGCAAAGCUGGUCUUUAGCUUCAUUUAGGUGAUUUUCUUAAAACAUCACACUAAUAUCUGCAAAAAAAGUCAUAUACAGUACUUUUCAUUGUUUCCUUAUUUUGAUGAAGCACUUUGGGAAGGUUAUUUUAUUAUAACCCCAUUAAACUGGAAUGUUUGAAGAAUAUAUUCCAAAUAUUCUCUUCAGGCUGAUGGUUUCCAUUGGGACAUAAGCUGUCAUCCCUGGACUUAGAAACUAACAUAUCUGGAAGGCAAAAGUAUUCCAGAAGUCUAAGUCUAGAGGAAAUGUUCAUAGCUUGUGCCUUUCCUGCAACUAAAAGAUCUUUUCUUGUUGAAAUCUUUCAUGGUCAGAAUCACUGGGUGGCUGUGAGUUUUCCGGGCUGUAUGGCCAUGUUCCAGAAGCAUUCGCUCCUGAUGUUUCACCCACAUCUAUGGCAGGAAUCCUCAAAGGUUGUGAAGUCUGUUGGAAACUAGGCAAAUAGGGUUUAUAUAUCUGUGGAAUGUCCAAGGUGGGAGAAAAAUCUCUUGUCUUCUGGAGGCAAGUUUGAAUGUUGCAGUUGGCCACCUUGAUUAGCAUUGAAUGGCCAUUGAGCUUCAAAGCCUGGCUGUUUCCUGCCUGGGGGAAAGACCUUGGUUGAAGGAUAAGUGUUCUAGAUUGUAUUCAUAUUUUGGGAAAUGUUCUCUGAGCCUUCCUCCUUGGCCGUAAAGAUUCUCUUGCUGUGGUUGUUCUUCUAGUUCUUUUUCUUGUUACGACCUUCUUACUAGUUUGUAGUUUUCUCACUCUUUCACCAGUUUUCUGUGAGUUGAUCACUCUGAAAAGGAGCCAAUAGGCUGAAAUGUUGAUUGCAGGUUAGUAAUAAUGAAUAGUUGGAGAGAUUAAUUGUCAUAUGGGUAGGCUGAAAACCUCCAGAAAGUGUAGUAUGUGGUGGAUGCUGUCCUUCCUUGCACCAAAAGAGUUUGUAUACCAGGGCUCUGUUUUUUGUAUAGUAGAUCUCUCUUUUUAAAAAUGAAAAGCUGCUGUUGAAGCCACUGUUGUGUAGAUCUUGAGGGGAAAACAAUGUCUGUUACAGACAUUUGUUCUAUAUUUUAUUUUUACUAAAAAUGCUGUGCAUUACUUGAUUGCCUCAAUUUGUGCUGCUGUUCUAAGAAAAUAACACUAACUUUUUGUCUGAGAGCAACACUCUCCUUCUCCUUGACAAUAUGAUCUAAUUUAAGGAAUUUUACCUUGUUGCUCUAGGGUAGCUGCCAGCAAUGCCUUCAAAAGAAGGCACACAAGCACAUAAUUAUUUCUCAUGAAAUUGUGAAGUGGACACAUUAGAGCUGAACAGAAGUUGCUUGACUCCCUCCUUUCACCUUUAUGCUUGUCCAAACACAAUAAUCCAAGCACAUUUCAUCUUUACUCUGUCUACUCUCACAGAGCCCCGAACUUGCAAGCUGUGACUGAGAUGGUGCUCGCUUUUCUUUGCAAUAAUAUUGUCAGUGGGUGUAAUUAAAGACUUUAUUGUACAUAGAGAUACAUUGUAGCAUGCCUGGGUCUUCCAUACACCCUGUGACAACUAUCUUGUUCUUGGGCUGAAUCUUCAGUUGUUAAAUUUUUCAAUUCAUAAUUGAAUAUUCUGUAUUUCUGGAAUUGUAUGUUAGAUACUUUGCCUACAAACAUGGUGGGAAAGGUCUUCAGCCUGAGAGGACUAGAUUCAUUCCUACCUCAUUCCCUUCCCAAAUAUAAAUAUCAGUACCUUUUCCUGAACACUCAGGAAACCAAUAAGUACUGCGAAUUGAUAUUGUUGCCAUUGCUGCUUUCAUCUUGCCAUGCUUUAUUAAAAUAUAGGACAAACAUACUAGAGCUGAGAUGGUUAGGGCAUCUAGAGCUCUGUAUAGCAGUGAAAUAUUUAUUUCUUCAGGAUACGGAGAGCUGAUUGAUUGGUAGUAGCAUUCUCCUCCAACAGUUGUUACUCUUCUCAUAUUUGAUUUGAAGGUAUCAGACAAUGCUAUUUUUUAUCAUGUCAGAAGUGAAUUGAGAAUAUACUGCAAGUCGCUUUCGGUGUGAGAGUAUCAGCCGUCUACAGAGACGUUGCCCAGGGGGUUACCAUCCUGUAGGAGGCUUCUCUCAUGUCCCUGCAUUGGAAGCUGGGGCUGACAGAUGGGAGCCCACCUUGUCUUGCAGAUUCGAAUAGCUGACCUUCAGAUCUUCAGGUCAGCAGUUCAGCCAUCACAAGGGUUUAACCCAUUGUGCCACCUCGGCUCCUAGACAGUGCUAUGCUACUUCAUAAUAAGAAAAUAUCGAUAUAUGAAUCUGUAUAGAAAGAAACCUAGAGCAGGUGAGCAAGCAGGUGGAAAUGAAAAAAGUUUGUAUUUAAUGUCAGCUGUUGUUGAAGCUCUCUGGGACUGUUAAUCUCCAGCUCUAUUUCUUCUAUAUGAAAUUUUUAAAUGACAGUGGAUUUGGAGUGUAAUAAAUUUGACACUCGUGUACUUUCAGAUUUCAACUGUGAAGAUUUUUUUUUUAAACAGCACUUUCUAAUAACAGAAGUGGAAAACUCUGGAAGGUUAGGGAGCUAUAUUAGAUCUCUGGGAGACCUUGAAAGAUGUAAUUCUUCCAUCACAUCUGCUCCUGUAAAAUAAAAUGAAAUGUUUUGUCCUCAUGUACAUUUGCAUCAUGUGUAGGGGCCUUUCUGGGCCAUUUCAUACCAGACACAAUGUCUGAUGCCAUGUCCUAUUUACUUCCUAUUUAAAAAAUGCCUCUCCUGGGCCCAAUUUGCUCAAGGGGAGGGGGCAAUGUCAUGGGAAUGUACUUCAUGAUCCCUACAGCACAUCUGCUGGCAAAAAUGUUUGGAAAAAAGUACAAAAUGUUUUUUAUCUUUAAGGAGCACGGGAUUCCUCUAAAUAUGGUGGAAAUGCCCUCCAUAUACUAGAGUGCAUUUGAGGUCAUUGUGGAGCAAUGACCUCAAAAAACUUUAGAGGCAUUAGAGGUCACAAAAAAUAGCCCCAGGGGCUCAUGUGGCCUGCAGGUACACUUUGCUCACACUUGCUAGUAGGAAAAAUGAUGUUAGUUACAUGUUAACAUUAUCAUCUGUGAAGACACAUAUGUGGGUUUUCCUACAUAACAUUUAUUAUAGUGAAGCAAUAUACAUAAUGUUUUUAGCACUAGUAGAGACAGUAAUUGAGCCAAUAGUUUACAGGUACAGGCAGCCAUAUCAACUAAAGGUAAACAAAAAGAUGUAUCCUGAUGACAGUUCUCUCUGCCGCCUUUUGCUGCAUUGGGUGGGUUUUGUUUACCAUAUAAUGCAAACUGGCAGUCUUUGUGGCCUCAAUUUGAAAGGGCUGGCAAUAGGAUGUUGAGAUGUCCCAUGGUGAACAAGGAAAAAGAGUUUGGGUUUUUUGAGGAGGGGGAUGAAUAGCUUUGAGUGCCUCUGACCAUAGAAUCAUUCUGGGAAGACUGUAUCUGAGACCUCUUGUACAGUCGUUAAGCUCUGAGUCAUGUAAAAAGUUCCAGAUGUUGGUGCUGUGGCUCUAUUGCUUUUCUGUUGUUGGGUUUCUCAGAGUUCCUUUCUGUUUCACCUACUUUUUAAUGUAGACAUAAAAUCAUAGAGGGAAUGAAUGAGAUGUCAUUACUGUGCAAAUGAUACUCAAAUGUAGUUGCGAAAGUAGUGACUCUGAACUGAUGCUUGUACUCAUGUGUGGGCCAGAUGAGCCUUUUUGUGUGUGUCAGAAGUGACUUGAAAAACUGCAAGUCGCUUCUAGCGUGAGAGAAUUGGCCGUCUGCAAAGACGUUGCCCAGAAGACGCCCGGAUGUUUAAUGCUUUACCAUCCAUGUGGGAGGCUUCUCUCAUGUCCCUGACAGAGGGAGCUCACCCGCUCUUCCCAGAUUCGAACCGCUGACCUGUCGGUCAGCAGUCCUGCUGGCACAAGGGUUUGACCCAUUGUGCCACCGGGGGCUCCCAGAUGAGGCUGAUAAACUGGGAUUCAGUUAAGAGAAUCAUUCUGUUAGUAGACAGUCUUUUUGUCCAGUUAAUUGUGUUCAACCUGCUUUACAUGAGUUUACACUCCUAUAGAAGGAGCAGUUUGUUCAGGGUUGCCCAUACAGCCAGGUGCUAGCUGAAGUCCAAGUAGCUUCGGUGGCAUGGAAUGCUUUGAUCUGAACAGAAAAGAAAUAUAUGUAUAUGUAUACACACACACGCAUGCACACACACACACACAGUUAGCUUGCUGCCUGAAUUGCUGCAAUAACUUGUGUGUAGUCUACCUCUCAAGAAGGUCCCAAUACUUCACUUUGUGCACAAUGGAAUAACAUGGUACAGUAGCUCACAAGGAUUUAUGUUUUUGAACAAAACAUCUCAGUUACCAGUUUCUAGACCUUGUGUGAACUAUUGGUCAUAGGAUGGGGAAAGUAUAUUGGAUAAAACAGGGCUGUGAACUCCAAAUAUUGCUGAAUUGUAACUCCCAGCAUUCCUUAUUGCAGCCUGCUGGCUGGGAUGGUAAGAUUUAGUAAUCCAGCAACAUUGAAGUUCAACAGAAUUAAUAGUACACUUUGCCCAAACUUUUUAUUAAAUACUAAAUGCCUAGCAAUCACAAUAAUGAAAUGGGUGGCUGCCUGAGAAAGAACUUUCUUUGUGGUUGUUCUCUUCCCAUGGAAUGCCCUCAUGAGAAAAAUCCACCAAACUUUCUCUUUGGUAGUAUUUAGAUGCCAAGUGAAGACUUUUCCCUUCUAGAAAUAAUUCAGUCCCUGAUUUUUGCUUUUUAAAUAUGUGAUUUUUUGCCAGCUCUUAAUUUCCUAAGAGGUUUUGAUACCAUUCUGUCCAAUGAAUUUCUUUUAGGUUAUUAUUCUGUGUUUUAUAUUUGUAAAGCACCCCCAAAAACAUUUUAAGAUUGGGCCAGAUAUAUAUAAAAAUGUAAACAAAUAGGUGGACAUUUGGACAGAAUUGUAAACAGCAGACAUUUGUUUUAUUAAAAGCAUCUCACAGGUUAUUCCAGAAUUGUCCAACAUGCCAAAAUCCCUCACCAGCUGGUUCAAGCCAAAAAUAAAUUACUCCUCUUUUGUCCACGUUGGACUGAUUCUCUGAAGUGAAAGUGUUCAGCUCUGAAGUAAUACCAUUAUGGAAAGAUGGGCUGCAUUUCUCUGUUGAGGACCCCACAGAAACUGCUGGUGGUUCUAGAGUUUUUCCUUUCCCAAUGCUUUACUGCUAUGAUCAAAUUUCCUGUAUUAAGUUCUAAAAGGAAAGGUCUGGUGUGGCUCCAAGAUCAUCUGCUCUUUCCUGGAGUUUAUUGUAGGUCACCACAGAAGCUUUGCCUGCAAUGCAUUGGCUUAGCCUUGUGCCACUGUGAUUUUAUGUACGUAAAUUCUUGUAGCGUUCAGCCUAAGGAGUGGGUCUGUUAUGUUUAGAGACAGGUACUGAAAUGAAAAUCCCAUAGGUUCUGUUUUGCCUAUGUAGAUAUUUUUAUCCUAAAAGUAGUUUGUUCAAAAGCAAGUGUUUUGUGCCACUUAGAGUUACAUUUCCAUACAUUGGAGUUGUCUAUAUGGAGUUUAUUUUCAUUGGAAGAUAGGCAUAGGAAUAUGGUGUGUGUUCGUUUGUCAAGAGUGGGACCAAAUGGUAAUGAAGUGUAAGAUUUUCGACUCAAUGUAGAAACAAAGUCAAAGGGAUGAGAUCCCCAUGAGCAAGAUGGCUCUCUUUCACAGCUGUAGUCCACACUGCAUAUAUCCCAGUUCAAAGAAGAUAAUGUGGGAUUUUAUUUAGUUGUGUGGAAGGGGAUAAGUAGCUUCUGCAGAUUAAAGCAGCGUAGGUUAGAUAGCUGUAAACUCAGCUUCACAUCAAGGCAUCCAGUUGUUGGGAAAGUAAUGGUAGUAAUGGAGGAGGAAUGGGUGGGAGGAAAUUUCCCACCUUUUUCAGUAUUAUGUCAGCUGUGAAGCAUAAAUGUGCAUAAAACAAGCAUGAUGAUCUUGUUUAUAUUGAAGUUCUGGUAAAAAAACUACCUCUCCCAUUUCAGUCAUUUGGACUCCAUGGACUGCACAGUACAAAAUGAAUGGAUUUAGUUCACAGUCCUUAGGGCCCUUCCAUACUGUCCCUAUAUCCCAGGAUUUGAUCCCAGAUUAUCUGGCAGUAGAGUUGCUCAUAAUCCAGUUCAAAGCAGGUAAUAUGGGAGCAGAUCCUGGGAUACAGGGCAGUGUAGAAGGGACUUUAGAUACCUUUUGUUUCCAAACCGCUACUCAGAACAGUGGCUCCUAAGAUUUAAGCAAGAAUAAGAGGGAAAACAUGGCAAAAGAACUAAUUUGUAAAUAUCCUUAAAAAGAGAAAUAGUUGAGUCAGGCAGGAUAUCUUGUCUUUUGAAGGAAAAAACUGGCAGCUCAAGCCUAUACAUCCUUCAGUGUACAACUUGGGAGGUUUGUCGAGCGCGAACUUACUAGACAAUAGAACUUUGCUCAAAUUGUCAAAUGAAGGGAUAUCUAUUUCUAAUCAGUCCAUCUUUUUCAUUGUAUUUUUUUUAAGAUUGUAAAUGUAUAUAGCUUUUUUUGGAAUAAACUGCAAUGUAGACUACUUUAUUAAAUAUUUUAUUAUAUUAAUGCACCACUAAUAAAACUGAAUUGGAAACACA